AUGAUUUUAGAAAUUGUGAUCUUUGCAAUUUGUUCGAUAUUUUUUAUGGUUAUUGGGCUAGCUUUAUAUAUACAAUAUAAUGAAAAGGUAUCUAUAGAAUCAACACGUUCUCUUUUAAAAGAUUCAGUUUUGUAUCUAUGUUUAUUCCAAAUAUCCUUUUAUAUGUUGGGGAUAAUCAAAUUUAAAAUAUUGAUAUCUACGUUAUUUAUUGAUUGGUGGGCAUUCUAUGAUGGUUCAGUAAGAUAUCCUUUUAUAUUUGGACCUCAUUCAUUCUACCCAGCAAAAAUGGUAUUACUAUCGCUUAUUAAGGCAGUAAUUACAGUUAGAUAUGCUUCUAAAUGUUUAUAUCCUCCAUUAAUAUUACCAUAUGUAAUUGUUUGUGUUUGUCUACUUCCAUUAUUAUUCGCUUUUUCAUACCCUUAUGAGGAUUCAGAUCUUAUGCCUGCAACGUGGGAUAGUGAAGAUAUUGAUAUUCUUUUGAAUUUUAUUAGAAUUAUAUCAUCUCCUACUCAGAGGAAGGAAUAUAUUUUAUAUAACAUAAAUAAAAUAAGAAUGUAA